AUGUCUACAGAUAUGGCUCUUCGCACCCGUUUCUCAAGAACCCUUUUCCAAAGAGACGUCGAGGGAUUUCUCGAUGUGUUGAAACUCAUGAAUUCACGGAUAGGUUUACCGGACACUCUAGGCCGAACAAUGCUAUGGUACGCUGUCAAGGUGCGCGACCAUGAGAAAGUGAAGUUUUUCGUCGACUGUGGCGCAGAUCCUGCUGCCGCAGACUCGGAGAAUGUAACCCCUCUUCAUGUCGCUUUGAUGCAAGGCAAAUCCAUCGAUGAAACCAUAGCGAGAAUGUUGCUGCGUGCCCAGCCGACGAUUUCGAUAUCCGAAAUCCUCCAGCAUGGCCAGAGUGUGGACCAAUUAUUUCUGGACCACUCCAGUGGUCCGGACAACGCCAAAGCCAUGAGGUUCCUUUUGGAGUUAGGUGCGGAUGUCAACGCGCUCAACUCGGAAUGCGAAACGCCGUUGAUGUGUGCAGUGCGUUUCGGUCACCUCCCAAUCAUCAAACUCUUGCUUGAGCAAGAAAAUGUCGAUCUUUACGCGAAAAAUCGGUAUGGACACACGGCGUUGCAUAUUGCCACCGUUGAUGACCAGCUGGGAGCCCUCAAUCUGUUGCUAUCCAGCGAACGGCUUGACGUGAAUUGCCUGGACCGCUGCGGCAACUCUGCCUUCUGGCUGUCUGUGGAACUUGGGCGUGACAGUAUCAGCGAGCGGUUUCUCCGUGAUAGCAGAUUAGACGUGAAUUUCAUGGGUGGCUUUUUUCGACCAGAAUGGCGAACCACGGCUCUCUAUAAUGCUUGUUUCCGCGGGAAUAUCCGAAUUGUUUCUUGCCUACUUGCGGCGACACAUGUGCCCAGAGUGGAUCCAAACAUCCAAGGAGAUGGCCGAAAGAACCCUCUUGGUAUUGCUGCAUUUCAAGGCGCCCACGAGUUGGUCAAAAUGCUACUCGGUGCCGAUAGGAUUCGGAUCAACGCAGUUAACGAGAAUGAAGACGAUCCCCUGUGGCUUGCGAUUCAGACGCAUUGCCGGUCGAUAGUGGCCCUAUUUCUGGACGACAGCCGACUUGAUAUCAAUUGCCAGAACAACCGGCUUGGGGAUACGUACCUCAUUGCUGCCGCUCGUGAGGGCAAUACUUCCCUGGUAAAGAGGCUGCUUGGUAUCAGGGGUGCACGACUUGAUGCAAGAAACAAGCAGAAUGAAAGUGCGUUGGAGGUCGCGUGUCAACUGCACCACCGGGGCGUCAUGCAGAUUUUGGUCGAAGCAGGAGCGGCAAAUAAAUGA